AUGUAUGGCCAGCGGCCAUAUGCCAGCCUUGAGGAGGCACCAGCGCCUUCAAAAUCAGACUGGGUAACAGCUGUCCCAGAACCAGAUGCGCAACCAGAGACCCCGAAUAUAGAUUGGGAAUCAGCGAUCACAGGACCAGAUGUGCGACCAGAGACCCCGAAUAAAGAUUGGGAAACAACGGUCCCAGAACAAGGUGCCGCACCAGAGACUCCGAAUACAGAUCGGGAAGCAGGGGUUCCGGAACCGGAGGUGAUACCAGAGACUCCAAAUUCAGAUACAAAAACAGCUUUUGCGGAACCAGAUGUGACACUAGAAACCCUGAAUGCAGGUUGGGAAUCAUCGUUUUCGGAACAAUCGCCGGGAACGAUCGGGGAUGCCACAGGAAAUUACUUAACGUAUGUAACAAGCUACGCCCUUUUCUGCAAAAUUUUGGCCCCCUUGACUGCGGUGAAGAAAUUCCUUUUCAUUUCCUAUUAG